GGAAAGUAAUUAUUAUAAUAAUGGCAACAACAAAGAUACCUGAACAAAAAAUAAUUUUGUGUGGCGAAUAUGGUGUGGGCAAAAGUUCAAUUUUUAGGAGAUUUGCCAAUAAUACUUUCAUAACAGCUACAGGGAGGCAGUCCACUUUAGGUUUAGAUCAUUAUGAUAAAGUUUAUAAUGUUCAAGAUAAAGAUAUAAAGCUACAGCUUUGGGACACUGGUGGUAUGGAACGUGUUGCUUCAAUAACAUCCAGCUAUUACAAGUUCUCAGAAGCAGCAAUAUUAGUUUUUUCUCUUGAUAAUUUGACUUCAUUUAACACUCUUUCACAGCAUUUAUUGGACGUAGUAACAUAUGCAGAAAAUGCAAAAAUAUUCCUAUGUGGUAACAAGUUGGACUUGCAAAGCAGUGAACCUCAAGUUUCUGAUGCUGAAAUUGAAGCAUUUUGUGAACAAUGUCAUAAUAUUAUAAGUGGAGUAUAUAAAACUUCUUGUAAAACUGGUGAGGGGAUAGAGAAGAUGUUUUAUGAUAUUGCUUAUCAUUUAGUAGAAUCAAACAGGUCUCGUUUAGAGCUUCAAACAAUGGAUAAACAUGGCUUUAAAAUAUCGUCAAAUGAAGAAUCUCCUGAAGACUCUUGUCUCUGUUAAGUAUAGCUGCACAUUCAUAUUAUACACUUGUCAACAAAAGUUUUGUAGCAAAAACAAAUUUCUAUUUUAUUGGAUUACAAUAUGUAGGUAUUAAUGAUUCUAAAUGAAGGAUAUAUAUCCUUGAAAUCAUGAAAACAUUGUUCAAAUAAUAUAUUUUUUAAGGAAAUUAUUCUCCAUUAAAGUUAUUUAUGUGUUUACUGUAUUAUAUAAAAUUUAGUUACUUUUUGUUGAUGAGUGUAGUUGUGUA